AUGAUUAACGAACCUGUUCAGAGUAAAAAAAUUGCUAUUCCAUUGCCUGAAGCUCUAAGAAAUUCAUUAGACGUUUCAGAUGAACAUCACAAUAAACAAAAUCGUCUAGUGACUUUACUGCAGGACAGGAACACUAAUGAAAUCGAUUCAUCCUCUUCCUCUUCUUCUUCUUCAAUCUAUAAGUGUGAGUCACGUGACUCCCUGCCAUCAUUACAAGGGCUGGCUCUAACGCCUACUUCACACUCAAACGUAACGCAAAAAAGGUACAUUGAUGAUGACCAUUCCAUAUAUUCCAAUAACAAAAAAACAUUUCAUAAUGAUAUAACAAUGAUUCCUGAUUGUUUAGAAUUACCUUGGUUACGUCCCAGAACAACAUUUUCAGGGUAUCAAAUCUCGGGUUAUAAAAGAUAUAAAGUCACCGUGACAUUACAUUCUGUUCAAAUGCCAUCAUUCGAUUCAAUGAUGAUCACAACGGGUCCACAUCUAUGCGGUACUUUAACUAUUAAGGGACUCACUCAGGCAAACCCUCAGAUAAGUACUUUUUUCGAAGGGUAUGCUGUGACAUCUAAGACAAACCCAUGUGGGUUUUUAAGUUCAAGUUGGCCAUCGGAUCCACAAUUGACACCAAUGACAGCUACAGACUCCAUCGAUAUGGAACAUUGGUUGCAUUUCCCAUCUUUUAAACAGAAAUCUCUAAUGGAUUCACAAAAGGAAACUUAUGAUGGUCAAAGAUAUAUAUAUAUGCGUUGGAAGGAAAGAUUCAUGUUACCUGACCCUUACGAAGAUGGGAUCGAAGGUGCAUCAUUUGACGGGUUUUAUUAUAUUGUUCAUGAUCAACAAUUAGGUACCAUACAAGGAUUUUAUUAUCAAGAACAAGCUGAAAAAUUCCAACAAUUAGAAUUGAUUCCAUCAAAAGAGACUUCAACCAUUUCAAAUGGUUCAUGUUCUUUUGAAUACGCAUAA